AAUAGUUUUGCAAGAGCAUUACGUGAAGAAAAAUCAAAAAAAUCUGGUUCUGCUGCUUCGAGAAAAAAAAAGUGGUAUUUAUUCGAGGAAAUGUCGUUUUUGUCAAGUUUUAUGAUGCAGCACAAGCAAACAUUAAGUAAUCUCGAGGCAUCUGAUGAUGAAAGUGAGGCAACUGAUACUGAGAAAAGUACAGAAAAUACAGAUGUCAAUGAGAGCAUUAAUGAAAUUGAAAAUGAAAGUACAAAUACUACAUCUUUAAUUGACAGGCAAGAGCUGGUAUCUUCUGAACCUGUAUUUAAAAAACCAAAAAAAACUCAAACUAAAAAUUCGGCUGCGGAACAAGUUGCAGGGCCUAUGAUUGAAUUUUUACGUUCAAAAACAAAUAAGUCAUCUGUUGAAGAUAUUGAUUUAUUAUUUUUUAAAAGUCUUUUGCCUAAUUUAAAAAAAUUAAAUGGAAAAAACCAGCGCCUUAAACAGUUUGUGUUAACAACUUUAAACUCGUACAUCGACAGUCAAGAAGCUCAAGAAUCAGCAAGUAAUGAUAAAGUAUCAUAUAGUAGUACUACAUCACAUGUACCAGUACAGGAAUUUCAAACUUACAACUAUACUUUCAGCCCACCCGGAUAUUCAUCAUCAAAUAGCUCAACAUACUGA